UCUCUUGCGAAACUGACGGAUACUUAAGUGCUGCCACCGCCACCCUCUAGGGUUUCUUCUCCUCGUGGCUGCGCCGUCCCCCGCACUCGAGCUCCGAAGCCAUCGUAUCCGGCGGCAGAAGCAGCGGCGGCGAGAUGGUGAAGGGGCGCACGGGGCAGCGCGUGAGGCUCUACGUCCGGGGCACCGUCCUCGGAUACAAGAGGUCCAAGUCGAACCAGUACGAGACCACGUCGCUGGUGCAGAUCGAGGGGGUGAACACCAAGGAGGACGUCGCGUGGUACUGCGGCAAGCGGAUGGCCUACAUCUACAAGGCCAAGACCAAGAGCAGCGGCACCCACUACCGCUGCAUCUGGGGCAAGGUCACCCGCCCGCACGGCAACUCCGGCGUCGUCCGCGCCAAGUUCAGGUCCAACCUGCCGCCGGAAUCCAUGGGCCGCAAGGUCAGGGUCUUCAUGUACCCCAGUAGCAUCUAAAGAUAAUUUGAAGGUUUGGAGGAUCAUGCUUUUCUUCUAGAUUUUAUCUAAAGCUGUCCUUGUAAGGGUUGUGUUCAGGUUGAGAGUUAGCAGGUUGAGCUGUCUAUUUGAGAACCCUUUAAAGUUCUCCAAGUUUUGGUGUUAUGAAUCACUUGAAACAUUAUUAUAUGGAGUUGAAGUUAGAACUGAGUUAAUUUGCCAUAUUUUUGUAUGAUGAUGCGUUAAUCUUAUAUGCUCUCGUUGCAUCUUGAGCAACGGUUAUGUGA